GCAAUGUGUGUCGCCAGAAGAAUAUUGUUAAGUUCUUCUUUGUAUUCAAGUAUUCCGAAACGGCGGUUGGAAAUUCAUCAUCCACUCUUUGUUCAUUUCAAAGAAGAAGAUUUUGGCUUGAUUGAUCCGUUGACUAGAAUAUAUACUUUUGUUGCUAGCCAUACAUCUAGUGGUAAUUUGAGUAGUAUAAAGGAAGACUUUCAAGUUCUCCCUUAUCAAAAUCGAACCCACGCCUUAGAAGCGGUUUUACAGUCUUUGGUAUUUGUUGGCCUUCCUAAAGUUUUGAACGCUUGUGCCACACUUCAGCAAGCUAACCUUUUACCUCGCAAGGAAGAUCUUUUAGUGGAGUCCGAAAUAGGGUGUCAAUUGGGGGACAGUAUAUCCUCUUUGGAUGUUUCGAAGCUUUCAGAAAACGACAAGUUCCAGGUCAGAGGUCACGAUACAUUUUCUAAAGUUUAUUCUUCAGCGGCAGAGAAACUUUCGACACGCAUUCGUGCUUUCCACCCAGAUCUAGAGACGUGGGUAAUGGAUUUCGGUUACGGUCGUAUCUUGAGCAGACCUUUGUUAAGUCUUUAUCAGAGAGAGUUAUGUGCAAUCGCUGCUUUGGCUGGACAAUCGGUAGCACCUCAACUUGUAAGUCAUCUUCGUGGUGCGUUACAAGUUGGAGCUUCAAAAGAACAAGUACACAGUAUUCUGAAACAAACUCACUUGUUAUUUUCCUCGAGAGCUCAGGAGGAAGUUGACGCUGUAUGGAUGACGUUUGAACGUUCUAGAGCUGCUCUAUAAAAAUAUAACUUUACACUGAUUC